AUGACUUCGUGUCCCUUACGUCCCGAGCGCAUCGAGAACCUGUCGCCGGACGAGCUGUCUGAGUGCAAGCGGGAAGCCAAGAUGGGUUUGCAGCUGCAUGCACACUAUCUGUCGGCAUCCUCCCGGACCGUGCUCACAUUCCUGGCGGCCAACCCCGAGAUCAAAGUGGACGUCGUCGAGAAGGACUUCACCAAAGGCGAGCUGCGCACCAAAGAAUACCGUGAGAUCAACCCGAUGGGCCGCCUGCCGUUCCUGAUCGACGGUCCGGAGCACUUCCGGCUGUGGGGGGCGCUCCCGAUCUGCCUCUACCUCGAGGAGAAGUUCGGCCCGGCGGAGCUCUCAGCGCCGCUCAUUCCGGUCGCGCUCAAGCCCAAGGCGAAGGUCCACGAGUGGAGUAACUGGUUCUACCACACAAUCGGUCCGAAGGUUGGGGCGUACGUGGACCGCGUCUUCAUCAAACCCACGGUCAAUGGCGAGCCUAAGCCUGAAGACAAGGAGCUGGAGGAGCUGGCCCGGGGUGUAAACGAAGCAAUCGCCGAGCUGGAGGCGUGCUUCCCGGACGGCCAGAAGUGGCUGGUGCCCGCCGUCCCGGGCGUGGACCAGGAGGUUGGCUCCCUCGCGGACGUCCGCUGCGCCCAGAAGCUGGUCAUGCUGCGUCCGACGCCGUACGACAUCGAGGGCGCGGAGUUCCAGGAGCUGGUCAUAUCGCUGCGCCCGACGCCGUACGACAUCGAGGGCGCGGAGUUCCAGGAGAAGUACCCCAAGGUGUUCCGCUGGCUGGAGCGCAUCCAGGCGGACCCGGCCUUCCAGCGCGCCAACGAGAAGUGGACCGCGUUCCUGGAGCCGCUCGGCUUCCUCGACCCCGCGCGCAAGAAAGCGGGGGCGUGA